UUAUUUUUGAUUACAAUGAGUUAGAUGUUAUUAGAUUGUAGUUGAUAAAAUAAUAUCAACAGUUAAAAGAACGCAAGUAAUUAAUUCAUUUGAAGAUCGUUUCAUAUGCGUUAUCUCGUGGAACGUACAACUCCCGUUGUACUUUAAAUUGUUGACAUUGCGAUGCGCAUGCCCAUAUUCUGUAUAAAUGUCAACUUGAUCGUUGGGAUAGGUAAAGUUUUGUAGCAAAAAUUAUUACAUAUAACGUCUAUACGAAAAGUAAAGUUUUUCGAAUCACAGAACUCGUUUGCAAACAUUAUGGCUUUUCGUUAGAAAGAUAAACAAGUUUUUUAUCUUAUAGUAAGAUUAUUCUAAGAGUAAAUUUUCUUCCAGCAAGACAUUGCGACGACGCUCUCGAUAUUGUCUUUUAACAAGACAUUAAAAAUAAUAUUUUAUCAAAAUUAUUACGAGUGUGAUAUCCAAUUAAUCGCACAGUAACGAUAUGCAUCACAUUAUUUUAUUGAUCACGUUAACAUGUCUCGUCUUUAAUAUCGGUGGCAAGUCGAUUGAAGAAAAAGAAUUAAGGAUGAACAUAACAACGAAAGAAAAGAAAGAUACAACUAAAUCGUUGGAAGUAAUCUCACGUUCUUCGGUUAUCGACGAUCCACCGAGUUAUCAAUCAUCGAAGAAUUUCAGUUCGAACACGAAAAUUGAUUUAUGUUCUGGCGUAAAGGAUAAAAAUCGUUGUCUCGUAUCAGCUUUAUCUAGAAUAGCAAAAAUUCGUAUCGACGAGAAUAAUGAUCCAAAUACUUUAAGAAGAUCCUCCGAAAAAUUAUCCAAUGCAAAGGAUCAAAAGUAUCAAUCGGAUUUUGAAAGAAAGAAGAAAAAUGAAGAUGUAUUACCCAGUUGGCCUCAAGGAAAUUGUCGUUGUUACGUUAUUGAAGAUGUCUACAUGCCGGAAGCUGGCAAAAAAUUACCGGCUUAUGCUUGUCGACUUUACGACAAGAUUUUCAUUCUUACCAGUGAAAGAUUUCUCGAGGAUCGUAGGUCUUACUUUGAUAUAUACGUGGACGAAGAAAUUGCAAAGAAUUGGAUUGUUGCUGCUUCGAAUGCAGUCAGAACUGUUGGCGUUAAGAAACUUCCGGUAACGCUAUUUUUAAAAAAUGGUGAAAAUAAUUAUAGGAUACGUAAUAAGUUAUAAGAUAGAAAUUAUGAAAUAAAAAAUUUGUAUGUGGAGUUAAUAUCAUUUCUAAAUAAUCAGAUACAUUAUAUCAAUUAUCGGUCAAUUGUAUUAAUAAAAUUUCAAAUUAAAAUA